GUGUGUGUGUGAAGGCCUAGCCUAGGCUGUCUAGAAUCACCCAGUCUAUAUCCUCCUAUCGGACCUGGCAGUUAUAGCUCACAUAAGUUGCCAUGUUGGCCUUAGUAUCAUCAGGCCAAGUGUUUUUGUUUUCAGUUUUCUGAGCCAAGCUUUAAUUCAAUUUGUCACGGCCUUUGCCCUCAAGGCUAGUCGUGGCAGCUCGUGAGAAAAAUACACACAUGAAUUACAAUUUAUGGGAAUAGUGUCCUUUGUUUUCACAACCAAAACUGGCUUUGCAAAUGCAAAAUCACAUAAUAAAACAGAUUUGUCGUGGGUCAGGCUUCUUCCCGAAGUCUUAUUUGAACAACACAUUGAAGUAAUUUUGCAUAGAGUCUGAAAUGUAAUAGAGCUAGAAUCUAGUACAAGUCUUAAUGAUACUACUGUAACGGUGCAAGUCUGGAGUAUUGCAUUUUAAAAAGUGCUCGUGGCCGAGCAUCUCACAUUACAAAAGUGUACCAGUACUUUUGUGUGAUUUCUGGAAUUGCAUGGUGUCAAUUAGAAUGUUGGCGUUAAAAAUGCCAGACGAGGUUACUAAUCCAGAAGUUUACUGUUAUUUUGGCGGAGCUUUGCGUUGGUUUUAGGCUGCUUUCAGGUCUUGUUUGACCUAUCGUCUUCCUCCGAUCUGGCAACCUAAAGAACUGACUCACAAGUCACGCCGAGGCCGACUUGUAGGCCAUCAGCAGGACCCGAUAACGACAACACAAAUCUGCAGGAAAAAGCAAUUCAAUGCUCUAAGCCUCAUACACCUUUCAAGAUGAGUAUCCUGAGUUGAAAGAAUGAAAACUUCCGUUACUCAGCAAGGGGAAAAGAAACUUCUCUGGGUUGCACCAUGAACUUUCUUCGUUCUUGGACAAGUCAAAAAGUCUUUUUCUAUAAAUAUUAUGACCGUUAUGUGUGUGAUAAGAAGUACUUAUAGAAUUUGUUUCAACUAAAGUUAAAUCACGAGAAGCAUAAAAUUCUCAUACUGUUUUUUUCUGUCAUGGAGAUGGACAUAAGUAAAGAAGGAAAUGAAUCUGAUCAUGCUAGUUCAAGAAAUUUUUGGCCAGACUUUAAUUCAUCUCAUGAGAAUGAGAAUGGCUUUGCUGGAAGACUGGGGAUAAAGUCAGAAAGAGAAGAAGACAUGGAGCAAAUGGAUGUUCCGUUUGUUGGUCACAGCGCUAGUGACACUAACCAGGACAGCAUGGAUGCGUCUGAAGCGGGAUUCAGCAUUCAUGCCACCCCUCACAGACCAGUUACCACAGCCUCGGAGGACAGCUCAGUACAAUCAGAACACUCGCAUCAAGAUGCAUUUGUUGAUGUUAAAAAGGAGGUGUGUGAAAAUGAUGACCAGCAAACUGCAGCAGAGAAUGGAGAAGAAUCGAGAGGAAGUGUCUUUUCUACCCCACAGACCUCUGGUGACGAAAGGAAUGCUAACCAGUCCACUGGUGAUGGUAGUAAGCUUCAUUCAUGUGAUAUUUGUGGGGAAAGCUUUGAGAAAAGUUCUGCCUUAAAAAUCCACAAGACUUAUCAUACUACAACCCGAUCUUUCAUAUGUGAAGUGUGUGAAAUGGCUUUUACUCGUAAAAUUCAUUUGACUGAUCACAUGAGAACACAUACCAGAGAGAGACCAUUUAAAUGCACAGAGUGUGAUAAAAGCUAUGCCGUGUUGAGCAACUUGACGAAACAUAGGAAGUCUCAUGAAAAUGAUAAGCAGUUUGAGUGUCGGUCUUGUGGUGCGGAAUUUCUUACAAAAGAGCACUUGGUGAAGCAUCAAGAGACACACUCUAAAGAAAGAGAACCCGUGCUGAAUUACAAAAUCUGUGCUAAAAAUCAGCAAGGGAAACUCAAAGUGGCUCAGGCAGUAGAGAAACAGAAGCAGCUUAUUCAAGAAAUAAUAUCAAAUAGUCCAGCAAUACAAAAUAAAGUUACGAGUAUUGUGGAGAACCAGAGUCAAAUCAAGAGAGACGAAAAUCAUUCCACAGUUCAACCGGCACAGGUGGAGUUGCAUGGUGGCCGUGCACCAACGCCAAAGUCUAAUAAGCGUCGAAGCCAUCAUCCAACUGUAAAACGACAUAUUUGUCAAAUCUGUGACAGGAAGUUUCUGUAUCCAUGUGGACUAAGAAAACACGUGAAAACUCAUGAUGAUGAUGGCACCUAUGAGUGUCAGUAUUGCAGCUUAGUGUUGACGACAAGACGCCAGUUUCUCGAUCAUGUUGUGGUACAUGAGAAACGAUCACAAAGUGAGGGUAGUUUACAAGUCCACUCAAAAGCAGAGCAGGUUAUAUUGGAUGCUUUUGCCAAAGGGAGUUCAGUUUUGAAAGAAGACAAAAUGUACAAAUGCGGUUUAUGCAAUGAGACUUUUGUGCUGUGUGAAUAUUUGAAGAAUCACAUGGAAAUGCAUGAAAGAGAAAUAAAAUGUCAUAGGUGCAAAGUGUGUGGUGAUGCCUUUGACUUUAAAUUUCUUUUGAAGAAACACAAACUGACUCAUGCCAAGAAUAAGCCAUACAGCUGUGAUGUGUGCAAAGUGAAAUUUAAACAGAUUCGUGAACUGCGGAGACAUAAAUUGGUUCACAAGGGCAGAAGGCCAUUUAAAUGUGAUAUUUGUAAUGCAAAGUUUGUUCGAAGAACUCAUCUGAAGGAUCAUAAGAAAGAACAUACUGGAGGAAAGCCAUACAGAUGUGGCAUUUGUCAAAAGCUGUUUUCUCUUGCUAACAUUCUCAAAGUUCACAUGCAGAGACACCAAAGCGAAAAACCCUAUGUAUGUGGUCUCUGUGAUGGGAAGUUUCAUAAGACUCAUGAAUUGGAAGGGCAUGUUGAAGAGUCACAUUCUAAAAAAACAGAGCAAAACACGCCUGAUGAAACGAUUAAGUCGUACAGUUGUGGUGUUUGUCAGAAAACAUUUCCUCUUGAAUCGGCACUUGAGCGCCACAGAAAGACCCAUGUUGAAAAUAAGCCAUACCAAUGUGAGUGUGGUGCCAGUUUUGCUAAGAUUACUCUUCUUGUGGUGCACAAGCUUACCCAUGUAGAGGGAGUGCCUCAUAAUGCUGAUACCCAUGACACAAUGAAAUUGGCUGGUAAGCCAUCCAAUGAAAGCUCACGCCCAGGUGAUAGUACUCCUAGUGCACCUCCGGUGCAAAAAAAUCGUGCCCAAAAUAAAAAAUCCUCGAAGAGAUGCCAGUCUAAAAAGAAUGUGGACGCUAUAGCUGAGAAGCUUCGAAAGGUGGAAGCUCCUAGCAAGGCAUCUGUUCCUGUUGAUCUGAAUAUGGAAGCACACACAAGUGCCAGUAGCACGACAGCUGAGUUUGUGGCUUCAGGUAGCAGGUCCCCAGUGAGUGAAGACCUUGAGGAUGGUGAGGUCUCAGGAGCCAACACAGGAGAGUCCUUUGGGUGUGAAUGUGGUGCAAGAUUUUCCAAAAUUAUCCAUUUGGAAAUGCACAAAAAAAUUCAUACAGGGGAACUACCCUAUCAGUGUGGACACUGUGGGGAGAGAUUUGUCAGUAUUGAGACUUUGAACUUUCACAAAGAGUUACAUGUAACAACUGGGAAUACAUAUGCUUGUGAUAUGUGUGGUAAGGUUUUUUCAUGCCGCCGAUACUUGACGAAGCACAGGAAGAGGCAUGAGGGUAAAGAGGUUCACAAGUGUGAUAUCUGCUUUAGGGGAUUUGUCAACUGGUAUGAAUUGGAAACCCAUAAAAAAGACCACAAUGAGGAUGAGACGACAUAUCCAAUAGAUAUCCCUGUGGAAAAUUUUUCAGAAGACUUGGCACCGGUUGAAGCAAAAGGAAAAAAGAGAGGGAAAAGGGCUCACCAUUGUGACAUGUGUAAUGCUAAGUUCAAGAAUCGCCGUAAGCUGGAGGAACAUCAAAUGUCUUGUGCACUUGCCCAAAGGGACCUGGUCAUGGAUGGAGUUGUUGGUCCUGCUUCUGGUGAAGAUGGGGAAGACGAUCUUCCUGUACAUUUUGGUGGAUUGUCCGAGGAAAAGAACCACAGGGCAAAGACUUCUGUUGGUCCCGAGUAUGGUGAUUUCGUGCCUGAUAUUCACAUUAAAACUGAACUUCCUGAUGAAUUUUCAGUUUUGACAGGUGAUACGUGGGAUGACCAGGGCAAUCUUUUGGGAGUCUCAGUGGAUGACAAAAAGAGAAGGCGGAGAAAAGCAGCCAAGCCAAAGAUUCUAUCUGAGGAACCUAUUGAGAGUGACGGUGCUGAACCGGCUCCAAAGCCACCCCCGAGGAGGAGAGGGAAAGGCAAGAAAUUCGCUGGGGGACACCGCCCCCAUGAGUGCGAGUGUGGGGCCAGGUUCGUGAGAAAGUUUCAUCUGCUGACUCACAAGAAGGUCCAUACGGGUGAUAUGCCUUACCCAUGCGAGAUAUGUGGUGAGAAAUACCUUAGGCCAGAGGAACUGAAAGCUCAUCGAAUGAUUCACUUCACCGCAAUUGAUCCAUUCACCUGCGAUAUCUGCGAUAAAGUGUUCACCUGCAGCAGGUACUUGAAAAAUCAUAAAAGGAGACAUGCAGAAGAGAAACCAUAUAAAUGUGAUGCUUGCCACAAAAGUUAUGUGAACAGCACAGAGUUAAACUCCCACAAAAAGACCCAUAUGAGAGAGGAGGAGACAAUGUACCAAUGGUACGUCAAUCCCCGGAAGUCGGUUGAUAAAUUAAACAAGUCUCAAUCUGGCAUGAUAGUGAGGGAAAGUGUGUAUAUUUGUAAAAUCUGUAGGGCAGAAUUUGAGAAUCGUGACUUAGUUGAAAGACACCUAGAAACACACCACAAUGCAGGGGAAGGUGGUUUUCAGAUGCACAACUUUUUCGGUGAUGAGUUUCGGGUGGAUGAGUUUGACGACUCAAAGAAAAUGCAUUCCAAUGAUUCUUUGCUUCGAUGUGAUGUUUGUGGAGAGAUCUACCCCAGUAGUCAUGAUUUGGCUCACCAUAGACAGACAUCGGACUGUAGAGCUGUGUACACGUGUGGGGUUUGUUGUGCCGAGUUUAUGCAGCAAGAUGAGUUGGAAGAACAUAUAGUGCAGCAUGUCGGGUAGAAGAAAGAAGACACUCGUUGUGUAGCCCAUUGUAGUUACUAUUUCUCCCACUUGACUUCAUUAACAUCACCCUUUGUCUCUGCGAGUCAUCUACCAUGCUGUGCAGGAGUUCAGCUUUUGAGCAUAUUUUCUCUAGCCAUAUUGCAAGUUGAGUGUAUGACAGUGUUUUCGGAUGUGUUGAUAGCCAUAUGUUUAAGGCAGCCGCACAUUUUGUGGAUUUUGCUUAGUCAAUGAUAUUGUACAUAAAUAUAUUUGUGCUUUUUGUAAUAUAAUGGUGCCUCUUCUGUGUUCACUGGGAUGUAAUGGAUAAGAUGAUUUUAUGGUAAAAUUAAUUGUUCUUCUGUGUCCUCUAAAAUCACAGACAUAACCUGCUGCCUACUGUAUUGAGAUGAAAUUGUGGAAAAGAAAAACAGUUAAUUUCAGUUUUGAAAUGGGCCAACAAAUCCUUUGUGCAGAAAGCAAGCUGUACUUACAUGUAUGUGAUGUAUGAAAAGUUAACAACAGAAUGUCUCACAUGUAUUUUGCCACUCUGUAGUCCUCUGACUCCUGGUCUAUUCAUGAGGGUCAAAGAGCUAGAAUUGAAAAUUUCUCCUUCUCCAAAGUGUGUUCACUGUGCCUUAACAAAACCCAGCCUAUUCUUGCGAAAAACCUAAAAUAUAUCCAUCUUUGACAGGACUGUAUAUAUAAUGAUAUGGUGAAAGGAUAUGCGUCUGAAUGUGAAAAAUGGAUGGUUCUUGUUUUACUCAACUCGUCCUCUGGUGUAGCUUUACCAACAGCUGAGCAAGUGAUUAGAGGGUGCCUCUGAUAGGUUCCCUUGAUCCUUGAUUCAAACCUCUGUUGUUUCAAUGUUGUCAGUCCUUGUCAUGUUUAGAUUGCAAUGAGGUAGCCCUACGCAAUUUUUACUUUACUUUACCCUAGUUUGCUGUUUAGUACACACGUUGCUGACCCUAAAGUGCACACACUACGUACUAAUUCUGUUAGACAGAUAGUUCAAAGGAACCGCUAGUAACUACUAGUGGGUGCAUUUCUUUGCCGUCCAUCUUUUUUCUUUGUUUUUCUUUUUCCCUUCACGAAAUGGUGUUAUUUUGCAAAUGUGCUUUUCUUUACACAACCAAUACUAUUAGUAAUACCAAACUAAAUCUGUAUCAUUCUUGAUGACCCCAAAGCAUUUUUAAUUUGGUUGAAUUUGUAAAGGUCUUCCCCCCCCCAUUUGACUUUACUUUGUCUUUUCUGAGGUUAAUCAGUAACUUAAAUAUGAGUUCUUGUCUCUGACAACUUUUUUGUGUAGAAAGGAGCAAUACAUCCGUAUCAUACUGUCUUUGUUCCUUCUGUUUUUCCAAUGUUCCCAUCAUCAUCUUUAGCCCUUUUGGCACUUACAUACGUGACCAUGUAGCAGGAUGUACGCUGUUCAAGCUUUUUUAACUGCUUAGACCCAUGAUUGUGUACGUUGUAGGCCUACUUGUAGUGAGAAUUUAGAAAAACAUUCUGUUUGAAAAGCUACAUUGGGAUGAAUCAUUGGUCUGUUGUACUGAGGUCUUCUCAAGGUUUCACUUGUUGGGAUUGUGUGCUUUGAUUUAUAGUACAGGAUGAAAAAUGUUGAGUUUUUUUUAAAGAAAUCAUUAAAAACCCGAAAUAUGAAUUAUUUAUUUACUCAUGCUUUUUAUACUUUAAUAAUCUCUGAAUGCAAACAUUUUUUUUUUUGAAGACCACACACUUCUUUUCACCAAAAUCUACAAAAGUGAGUUAUUUUUACUUUUUCCCCCUCAUUUUUUAAAAGAAUUCCAUUCAAGGAUAAAAAAGAUAUUCAGUUUGGGGAAUCAUUCUCAAUUACGUAGUCGAAAUCACAUAUAACAGGCCCGGUAAUAACGGGGAUCCUACUCUUUGUCUCUAUUAAAAGUUAUCGGCAAUAACGGGGCCUCAUUGGAGCCCAGCUGGUUAUAGCAGGGACGAAGGCUCGUUGACAAUGUGUAAAAA